AAAGUUAAAUCAGAGGCGAGCAACGUCGCUUUCGUCAAAAUGGAUAAAGCAGUGUUUAUGCAACGGAAAGAUUUUUUAUUUACUCGAGCUCUUGCUUUAGAAGCGUUUCCUAAUUUUAAACUAAGGCCUUGGAUAACAAGAAUGUUAUCUAAUAAUAAAGAAGAGUAUUAUAAUGCUUUAGAUGAAUUGAAUGCCGCUUGGAAAUUUAUGUAUCCUAAUGAUAACGUAACUUAUUUUCCUCAAUUUGCUAGAAAUCAAGUUUUUGUGGCAAUGAAUGAUUAUCAAUCAUUAGUUAAUUUAGAUGACGAACCAAUGCAUAUGAGAGUCUUUCUUGCUUUUCAUGAUCAGAUUGUUAAACAUGAAAAUGAACCACAAAAAGAACAAAAAAAACGAAAUAAUGCUAAUCAGGGUGAACAAAAGGAACGAAAAAUAAAAAAUAUAGAUUAUUUACAAGAUUUGAUCAAUAAAAGGAGAAUAAUAAAGGUGAGAGAAACUAAGAAACAAAAGAAACAAACUAAAAAUGUGUUAGAUGGGAUUAUUGUAAGUAAUACUAUAUUAUUAAAAGAAAAAUAAUCUUUCUUAUAUUGAUCUUUCUUCGUGG